UUGUUUACUUCCGAAUAGUUUGUUUAAUAUUUUGUUUAUAUAUGUUACAUCUAUUGUCUAGAGAGAGUCUAGAUUCGGCACUAGAUUCUAUGCUAUAAACCAUUACUAUGGAUAAAUCGCUUUGGGAUCUUGCAAUUGAGCAGAAUGAAAUAAAGAAAGAUGAAAACUUCUCCUCUGAAGAAUCCACUGUGAUUGUAAUGGGAAGUAAAAGCUCUGGGAAAACAUCAAUUAUUUUACGUUUCCUUGACAGAGAUGAGCCGCCCAAACCCACAGUUGCACUGGAGUACACAUUUGGAAGACGCUCUAAGGGACAUAACAUUGGUAAAGAUGUAGGUCACAUCUGGGAACUUGGAGGUGGAACCUGGCUGUCGAAAUUAUUAGACAUCCCCAUAACACCAGAUGCUUUGCUACAAACAACAUUGAUCCUUGUCCUUGACCUAGCCACACCUACAGAGCUGUGGAACACAAUGGAAACUUUACUCCAAGUUGCAAGGUCAAGGCUAAAUGAGGCUAUCAAGGAAGCCAAAGCUACUGAUCCUCAAAUAGAGAAUAAAUUACGUAAACAAACAUGGGAGAGAAUUGGUGAAGAGCACCCAGAUAAAAACUUGAUGAAUCCUUUCUUGAUACCUCUAGCCAUUGUGGGUAGCAAAUAUGACAUUUUUCAGGACUUUGACUCAGACAAAAGAAAAACUAUUUGUAAAACAUUAAGAUUUUUGGCACAUAUUCAUGGGGCAUCAUUACAGUUUUUUAGCACCAAACAAGAACAACUUGUGUCCAGAAUGAAGGGGGUCUUAAGUUUUUAUUUAUUUGAUACUACUGUCAGUAAAACUAUUCAAGUUGAUCAUAACAAACCAAUAUUUGUUUCUGCUGGUCAAGACGCCUUGCAGCAAAUUGGAACUCCUCCACUGAAUGAUGGUGAUGUGGGAAAAGUUCAAGCCAGAAAUCCAAUGGAGUUAUGGAAGAUGGCCUACACAAGUCAUUUCCCACAAACUUAUGUCAACAAUCCCAGUACGGUAGAUGACCCAGCCAAAGAUCCUCAGUUUGCUGAGCCAGCUAUUGACACACUCAGAUCUCAGAAACAGGAAGAACUUGAAAGAUACAGGAAAUUAGCAGAGCGGAGAUCAAAAGGAACUUAUGACAAUGACUAUGUAGCAGCUUAAAUGUUACAAGGAUGAAAACUUGAAUAGGUCUUCAUUUAAGGUUAAAAUGUGCCUGGAUAUUUUGCCACAACAAGUUUGUACCUUGAUUGUGAGCCCAAAGUGAAAUGUAUUGAAAAGACUACUAAAUGAAUAUUUGUAGACGAUGUUUUAUAUUUUGCUCAAUCUGUGAUAUGAAGUCCAUUCUUAUUUAUUUGAAAUGAAGCACAUAUUUUUGCUACUUAAGUUAAACUUUUGUCUCUUUGUUACUCUGUGUUAUUAUUGUUUUCUAUGUUUAAAUGUACUCAUGAUGUAUCCAGUCAGUUGAAUGAAAUUGUCUCUUUUGCUUAAAAUGAACCGAGAAUUUGAAUAUAUUUUCAAAUUGCUUCAAAACAAAUUGUUACCCAAUGUGACAGAACCUAAUCAGAAUGAAAAAAAAAAGUGAGUUUUUGUUUUGUUCCCACCAUAAUUACUUCUGCUAUAAAAUCUUAGUGACUAAUUUGCGCAAUAUUUUUAUUGAGAUUGUAAUUUUUUAUUUAAAUUUCACUAAUUUAACAAAAUAUGUGUGUCCCGGAGAAUUAAACCGCUUGGCCACCUAUCAAGGGGCUCGAGCAAAGUUGUGUUUAUUGUGUGCCAUAAGGCAGUACAUAAAACCUUCUUCCUGAUACCCCCUGCCCCUACUGAUCUUGAAAAGAGAUUGGACCAUAGCGCUCUGAGUAUGCUAUUAGCAUGAAAGUUUUGCUGUGUAAAAGCUAUUUAAAAAAUAGAUAAAAAAAUAAAAGUUUCCUAGUGGAGACUUGAGUUAUCUUAGACCCAUUAGUCUUCACUGUCUUAUAUGUCAAAUGUAUAAGUAAAUAAAACAAAUUUUGUCACAUCAUUUUUUUUAAACUUCUGCCUGUUUAUCAAAAAACAAUAACCACACCAAACCAUGAGUAUAUUUUUAAGGAAUUUAAAGUUACCAGGUACCCAUGACAAUAAUCACAAUAAUGUAGAGAAUUAGAUCAUUAGUUAAAAGAACUUGAAUACCUCAGUGGCAAACACAUCGGCCUUCCAUCAUGGAGACUUAAAUUUGGGCUCAAGCAAAUUUUUAAAAAAUGCUUUUGAAUAGGCAGCACAGAAACCUUCUCCCAAAUACCCUCCUUCGCACCAACUGGCCACAAAAGUGAUUAGACCAUAGCGCGCUGAGCAUGCUUUAAGCAUGAAAGUUGUGCUAAACAGAAAUAUUUUU